AACAUUAACGGCCACCAUGAUCACUGCCCUCAAACGAGAGUUUCAGUUUUUGGGCAAAUGUCAUCGAAACAAGUGCUUCAACGCUCAGUAUCCUCGGAUGCUGGGCGCCUUAUUGUGUCGCUGCUCGUUGUAGUGUGUCUCGUUGGCAGUGCGAUGUCAUUGAACUGCAAAAUAUGUCAAUCGACUGGAGAUUUCGAGGUAUGUCUUCGAAGUUCGUCCGUACCGUGCACGGUACCGCUCGUGAACACAACCCAUCUGUUUCUGGCCUCAGCAAAUCCAACACUGCAAAACAUUACGUACCAGGGUGUACCGCAGUAUCAGUGCUUCCAGGUGAACUACACCGUUGGGCCAAUUUGGCACUAUCAGAUGGGUUGCACCUACCUCACCACCAAGAUCUGUGAGGGAUGGCGUGCGGCCAGCAAGUGUCUUACAACCACGUCGAAUGUGAUGGGCGUACCGGGUCGGGUGAGGGUUCCACACAUUGCCGACUAUAGCCCGAACGCUCCACCAAUUAUGAUCCAUCCGCAUUCGAACGGUGCCGUACAGCAAGGUCAGCCGGCAGUAACCGGGAUGAAUCGGAGUUACAAAUCAGCCGCUGGUAGGAAUGUCGCUCUAAUGGAAAGUCUCGUGCUGACGAUGGUGUUAUAUUGGGCAACCAAAAAGGUGCUAGGACACUGACCGUUGUAUUGGUAGAAGGGAAGGAUACUUAAGAUGACAAUGUAGUGAGAAAUUCUUCCUUAUGUAGAGCCAUAAAGGCCCAUGAUUAGCUUGAGCUUACAUAACCGAUUAAAAUAAAGUUUAAGAAUUAUGAUUAAAGGGACGACUCAGUUGUAUUAUUUCUGUUAUUUUCUGGUCUACUAACAUCUUAAUCUUGCCUUCAACCAAACCCGUUACGUAUCAUAACGGAUUCAUUAAAACGUUUAUUAUUUUGUUGUUGAAUCUUCCUUAUGUAGAGCCAUAAAGGCCCAUGAUUAGCUUGAGCUUACAUAACCGAUUUAAAUAAAGUCUAAGAAUUAUGCUUAAAGGGACGACUCAGUUGUAUUAUUUCUGUUAUUUUCUGGUCUACUAACAUCUUAAUCUUGUCUUCAACCAAACCCGUUACGUAUCAUAACGGAUUCAUUAAAACGUUUAAUAUUUUGUUGUUGAAUUAGAAAGCUUCUUUCAAGAAACCACUUGUCCAUACGGUGAACAACUGAAUCGAAAGUAUUUCUCUAUCUGAUCAUUGCGCUUACCAUCAGAUCAUGGUGGUAAGCGAUCCUCUGACUACUUCUAUGUGUGUAUCACUCAACCUUCUCCAUUUCAUCUUCCCGCUGCCCACCGUGCGGGUGUACAUUUUGAACCAAUUAUUAAUCGACCGCUUUCAUCGUAUAUGCCUGCCCCCAUACGGCAUGGCCCUGUAGUAAUGUUCAUUAACUUUUGCUUGGCGAUCGUUCGAUGAAAUGAUGCGCCCCGUGUGCACUCGAAUUCCAGGUCACCGGAAUCCAGAUUCGGCCAAUCGAACACUUACAUCCGGUCAUUGAUUCCGAUCAAUGCUGACCACGGAAUGUAAUCACUAGCGAACAGGUGUGUACCAUUUUGUGGGUGCUUUUUUACGUGUUGCUGUGUUGUUACUUAUGAUCACGCCACCACGCAUCAAUAGUGGAAAAUUUCUUCACCUUUCUGCACCUUGCUUGUAUCGGCCGGAAGGCGAACGUUUCCGAUCGGACUGCAGGCCCAGUAACCUGGUUGGCUCGGGACGCAGGCUAUUGUAACCAAUUUUCCACAAUAAACACACCCACACACACACGUGCACACAUGUUUAAAGGCAGGAAUGUGGCAGGAAGUUUGGCACGAUGGCUCGACGCAUUUUCCAUUCUUCAAAACCUAAUUUUCCGCAUCAAAAUCUUCAAGGGAGAAAUUUUUGCAUACGGCACAGUGUGGCGCUAACUAAUAGCGUUCGGGUGCAAUUCGAUUCGAUUAUGAAUUUCGAAUCGCAAUCAAGAUGAACGAUAGGAUUGUUGUCCGCGGGAAAAAAUGGUAGGGGAAAGAAGGGAGAGAGAGUAGGGGAUGAGAGAGAAAGAGAGAGAUCGAAACAAAUCGUAAAAAGAAAAUAACAAAAACAAAACAAAAGCAAAUCAAACAAUUUGGGAAAUCUUGGAAUGUUUCUCCGUCUCUCUCUUUCUUGAAAUGGCUUAUUAAAAAGAUCUUUCGCAGCACAAAAGCCACAUCAAAUGUGAUAGAAAUUUUAGAUUAAAGCGAUAAGAAAGAUUGAUAAUUUUGAUCCCCGAACCGGUGUAAGGUAAUUGCGAUGCCUUUUUUAAUGUAGCAAUUUUAAAAUUAAACAAUACAAUGCAUCCAAACUAAAUUUGAGUUAACAAAACUGGAAAAUAAAGGGUUUUCUGUUAAACGUUUUUCAUCGACACAGUUGUUUAAAAUGUUCAUCAUUUUAAAGGUAUUUUUCAAUACCAUUUUGUAUGGAAAAUUAUAUUGAUGAAAUAGACGACUUGCAUGGUUAGAGUGCUUGCGGAAAUUUCAAUUUUCAAUUAUUUUGCCGUUUAAGUUGGGUCUUGUUAAAGUUUUGAGUAAGGUUGGCUUCGAGGUUAUUGGAGGUAUGUGGCUUAUUGGCAUAGAUCAGUGAGCGUUUGUGCAGCACGAUGUACCUUCCAGAAAGAGGAUUGGACCAGAAGAAAUUUGAUUCCAGAAAAAGUCGGAACUACCGCUCUCCGUUGAUAGUGAUGACCUUGUCAGAGUUCUUCAAAAAAAAGUAUGAACCGAUGGCAAUUUCGCCUCAAAAUACAUAACUUAGAGAGAAAUCAAUUCCAUACCCUGUCUUCAACAAGUGAACUUCCUCUGUAAAGAAGGUUUUUUUUUGGGCAAAAUUGAGGUCUUGAUACAACUGCUUUAAAACCCAGUUUAACUAAUAAUUCCUCAGGCAAUCUAAUCUUGUCUCGAUCAAGUCUCCUAAAUUGUUCAAGAUGAAAUUGACUUGCGUUCAUUCGGACACUUUCGCAUAUAUGUGACGAUAUUCUCGGCAGGUUAUGUGUAACUCUCCAUAGUAUUAUAGCCAGAUAUACGGAAUAAAUUACAGUUAUUUCAACUUUGACAAUUAGCUUUACUAAUAUGACUCUAAGGAGAAUUGUUAUCAAAUAUCCAAGUUUUGGUAUUUUCUUUUUGGAAAAUAUUUUCAUUUUAUAAAUUGAAUCGUAUUUCACAAUCUAAAUGAUGUAGUUGUAUCAACUGAUCGUACAACAAAUAACAAUUCACUUUACCUCCUCUAAUGAGUUAGGUUUGCCUUGGGUAAGUUAAACUCAGUCUCAACAUCAUUAAAAUCCACAAGCACACAAAUACCCGGUGGGAGCGUUCUUCUAUUCACCCGGUUGGAGGUCAUCCCCAAUGAGAGAAAGCAUUCGCCGCGAGGAAUUUGUUUUCACUGAUUAUUAUUUUAGCGCAACCAUUAGAAAUACCUCAUGACGGUUCCCGGCAUGGGCUUUUCGCGCUUGCCCUCAGCGUACGUCAACCGUCGGAUGACUUUUCCCGCGGUGAGCAUGGUAGGCGAAUGUGGCGAAUAAUUGCCGAUCAUACUGGCGGACGCUGGAGCGUUUGCAUUGAUCGAUCGUUGGUGCAUUUAUUAUCCGCUUUGGUGCGAACUGCAAGUCGCUGUGUGCGGGAAUCAAUCGGGAAAUCGACGUAUCGCGGUAUGUUGGGAAAUGGUGGACGUAUGAUAUUUGUGAAAUUAGUCACGAUCGCAAUGAGGAAGAUUCGUCAACAGUUCGAACGCCAUGCUCGAUGAUUGAUGUUGUAUAAGCGAAGUUGAUAGUGUAGUGGCCCUCGCUAGGCAAAUAUGCUUUCCUUUGUGUGCAAUGCUAAGGAGCAAUUGAUUUUUAUGAUGUUUUACUUCGACCAUAGAAAGUCCAGGCAAGGGUUAAAUGAAUCUUUUCACCAGCACAAAUGCUCAUUUGCCUUCUCCAUCCCUUAGCUCUUUGUGUGAGGAUUGUUUAAUUAAUGUGUAAAUUAUAAUUUCUGCCACUGAUCCGUGGUUCAUUGCCUGGCUUCAUUCGAUGGAUUAGCGCUGAUCGAGCUUGUGCGAUUUAUUUUAAUGAGUCAAUGCUCCGGCAAUCGAUCGUAGCAUGCAUAAACAUGGCAUUAAAAUAGGUGUGCUAUCUUGUACUUUAUCGGAUGCAUUUUUGCAUGUUGCAUUGCUAGCGUUUUUUUGUGGAAGGUGCUGAUGAAAUUUAAUUGGUAGCUUGUAGCGUGUUUUCAGGCGCCACUAAACCUUGUCCUGCUUGCUUGUUGCUGCUUUUUUUCUUUAAAAGCAGAAUCACAAACAAAAACUUCGGCAAAACGUUGAUGUAUCACUCUGCACACGACCAAACUGACCCCACCGGGGACGGUCGUUGGACGAUAAAUGGUUCCGAACCGCUGUUAAAUAGACCAAUGAAGGAUCGACACUCACUAAUACGCGAUAUGCUAAUACGCGGAGCAUAUAUUUACACAAUCCCCGAUCAGCGGUGAAACAACGGCGUCCAAAAAAGUACGGCGUUCCUGGACGAUGGCGAUCGCACAAAAUCGCCACACACUGUUGGGCAUGCAAUACUGCUACGGACGGUUAAUAAGAUCUUGCCCAUGAAUGUAAAUGUGCCAGAGCAUCUUUUGCGGAACGAACGAUGACUUUAAUCACAUGGCGUUGAAACGUUGUGCCAUCCGCUGCACACCUGGUCAUGCUUAUGCUGGCUUGCUGACACUUGCUUUUGUUUGCAAGCCGAUCGUCUAGAGUUUGUUCCGGAACACCAUCGAAUCUAAAUCGCCCAGGCUGAGCGGGGGAACAGAGGUGUGCGGACUGAACCCGUGUUCAGUGCUCCGGUACUGCUUUCAUUAUCCCGCUCAGGGUACCAUGGUAACGAUGAAGCCCGGUCUUGUUGUGCCUUCGUACGAUCGUGUUCUUAUCCGCUUGUACCGCUUUAAACCGUUCGCUUGGUCGUGAAGAUGUCGCGAUCACAAAAGCAAGAUGGAAGCAAAAAUAUUGCAUAUUACAUAAACAUUAUCGUACGGGUUCGGUAGAACAAUGUUUUGGGCUUGCCGUACACCAAGCUGAGCCGUACACGCUGAGCGUGUAGUAGGGCUCGGUGUAAUUGAAGCUAGCAGGGGUUCCGCUUUCAUUAGACGUCUGCCACAGUAGGUUAAGUGUGUGGCAGCGCUACUUACUCGGGAUAUUCCGAAAUAUAGAUUUUAACGGAAUGCUCUGGCAAACAGAGGACUAGCAAAGAAUGACAAUUUUCCAAUGCGAGUGAAUAGGAAAUUUCCAUUCUCUGCUGUACCACGAACUAUGUAGGAAGGUAGGAAGGAUCGUAUGUAACCUGACCUCAUGGCGCAGCGGUUUGUGUGGCCACCCAAAACGAAGUGUUUUCCAAGUGCAUUCCAGCUGUUACCUUGUGUCUGGAUGGUCGUGUUUCCUGGUGAUUUAAUUAAAUACGUGACCAUCGAAUACGACCAAAAGGUAAACUAUCGGCAGGGAACAUAUUAGCAAAAUUCUUCCUCUGCUGUCGUGUGUACCACGUGGAAUUUUUACCCCUGGCUAUGUAAUGCUAAUAAACAUUAGAAACAUCACAAUAAAAUUGUUCCCCAGGUUAGGUCUUGUAAGAGAGAUUCCUGCAGCGGGACCAUUACAGAUUUAUUAUUGAAACGAUCGGUUACCGCAUAUGGAAAAGCGAUCUGGUAAUGGAUCUUGUAGAUCGGUGAAAUUACGAGCAUUCCCACGAGCGUAGCUCAUUGUGCAUAAGAGUAUCGUAGCGUGGGCAUAUUUCAUCUUCGAUCGUGUACUAAUAGUGUCAGAUACAAGCUAGAGUUAUUUUCACCCACCAUAGCCAUGUCAAAUGCUCUCCACAAAAUGGCGCAUACAUUGUCCAAUGUCUACCUUGCGCAAGGGUGAAUAAUGCAAUCGAUCAGAGUCGAUAAAUAGCACUGGUUUUGCAGCGCAAGGUUCAUUGAAAUUUGAGCAACUAUUAACCGGAUUGGUUCAACCUGCGAUAAACCUGUCCGGACACUAAUUCGAUUACCGUGCAGCAAGAUUUAUGGAUUCGAGUUGUCGAAGGGUGCCGCAACAACGCUGCCCCAGACAUGAUACGGUUCCUUCCCUCAAUGCGCAUGUGAAGAGAAGAAAUUCAAUAAACGCUAUAACUGUAUCCAAGGGCUUGGCAGAGGGCUGCCUCUCUUCGCUUUUGUUGUCAGUUCGCAUUUUUUUUUCGUUUAGGUCUACUCUUUGUUUUGCUAACCCUCCUGAAAGGUGGGGAGUUUAGCGUUUUUUUCGCAUGUGUGAGAAAUGUUCCAACAUUCAAAAGGGAAGUUCAGCUCUAGUCGGUGAUGCGCGCCUGUCAUACAUCAUGUUUAGCAGCUUGUUUGGCUUGCACAAAAGCAUAAUGAGUAAGGGGGGGGGGUACGGAGUUUCAACGGUACGGACCACGGCCCAGACCAGAAUGAUGUACGGAAUGAAGCUUCAGCUAAAAAAAACUCAUCGAACCGAUCCCACUGUAUACUGGCGUUGUGUGUGGUGGGUGUUUGGUGGCGUCUGCAUGGUGACGGUCCGAAGACCCAUGCGCUGCGGAAAAGCUUCGAACCAUGAUUGAUGAGCGUAAUUGCUUUCUGCACCAUCACCGCCAACUACCGUAACGUCCCGAGUCUGUUAAACGUCUGGAAGGGUAGGGUUGGGUGGUAGGUUUGUCGCGGGAGGGUGGUAGUGCUUGGGAGGUGAAAAGGGGAAAAGAGAGAGAGAGUCGUUGUGCGAUCUGCUCCAUUAUUCUUGCCUUCAGUGGAGGAUGCCGGAUCGUCACGGCUUUUCGGUGCGGAAAGUGAAAACCAAAAUUGCCUCCAUACAUGAAGAACAUUACAUUGAGCUAUUCGAACCUUAGUCAGAUAGAAGUCCCACUCAAGUUGAGUAAUUUGUACAAAAGGGUGAGAGUUUUAAAUUUUCCCCUUUUUCCCCAAUUCUUGCCCAAAAUAAGGAAGAUCCUCAUCGCCAAAUGGGUAGUUUCAAAUCGUGGUAAAUUACUCAACGAUUAAACCGACCUUCAAGUGUAUAUCUUCAAGGUCUUGAUCUAGAAAUUCGCCACACGGCCGAGGUCAUUCGCUUGACGAAUUAGUUCGAUGACUUUACGAUCACUUUCAAAGGGAAAAUGAAAUUAAACGUAUUCCAACAUCCCGGUCCUGGACAUUCUAACCAGUCAUGUCAAUUGAUGAUUUUGGGCAAACGGGUGUACUGUUGCGUCCACAAUUCCUCGUUACCUGACUACGAGGAAUGUUAAUGGGUUCCAAUAAGCUACGGAUGGUGUGUGUUUUCUUGUUGUAGUGUUGCUAGAAAAUUGGUAAUGAAACAAGAACUCAUCUCGUUCCCGAGCGCUUUCGUUCACUGUUUGUUGCUACAAAAGCUCAAGGAGAUGGAAACAAAAAAAAAUUC